AAGAUUUUAUAUAGGAGAAUUGCCACUAAUACCACUUUCCUAAUACCACUUUUCAACUUUACACUUUUCAAUUUUACCAUUAAAAUUUUAAUAGGUAAAAGAUUAUUGUACCCUAACUAAUUAAAAGAAAUGGAGAACCCAUCAUCGUCUCCAACCUGGCCAACGCCUCCUCUUAUGAGUCCGUCGCCGCCGAAUUGAGCUCGAUGCUCAUCGAGAAUCGUCAAUUCGCCAUUGUUAUAUCCACCUCCAUAGUUGUUCUCAUCGGCUGCAUCGUCAUGCUCGUCUGGUGAAGAUCCGAUGGCUCCGGCAGCUCGUAACGUGUCGAGCAGCUUAAGCCUUUGGUGAUCAAACACCUCCUCUUACGAGUCCGCCGCCGUAUAUUGACAUCUUCGAUUCGCCUCAGCUCAUGUCUUCGCCUGCUCAGGUUGAAAGAUCAAUGGCGUAUAACUAGCACAUGCCAAGAACUCCUCCACCAGACUUACCAUCUAUGCUUCUUGACGGGAGAAUUGUUUACAUUGGAAUCUGGUGCUGGUGGUUACUGAGAUGGUUGUGGCAGAGCUAAUGUAGCUUCAGUGGCUGGAUCCCAAGGAGCCUGUAUACAUUUACAUCAACUCCACUGGGACUACUCGUGACGAUGGCGAGACUGUUGGAAUGGAAUCAGAAGGUUUUGCGAUCUAUGACUCUUUGAUGCAACUUAAAAAUGAGGUGCAUACAGUGUGUAUGGGAGCAGCCAUAGGUCACGCAUGUCUGUUACUUUCAGUGGGCACAAAGGGUAAACGGUUCAUGAUGCCACAUUCUAAAGCAAUGAUCCAGCAGCCUCGUGUGCCUUCUUCUGGGUUGAUGCCUGCCAGUGAUGUCCUGAUUCGUGCCGAAGAGGUUACAAAGCAGUUUCAAGAUGUUCUUUACUUUGGCUUAUGUUUCACCUACUGCUGCUACCGCUACUCCACCUCCUUAUGCUAACUCUUCUUCUUCUUCGCCAGCUACUUCCCUUCCACACAGUGCUUCUUCUGACUUUAGCAUUGAUAACUUUGUUGUGGAUAACAAGAACGCUCUCAGGUAUGAUGCAAUGAUAUUUGAAGCUAUCUCUGAGUUAGCGGAUCCAAAUGGAUCUGAUGUCGGUUCCAUCUUCAGCUUCAUCGAGCCAAGUCAUGAAGUGCCGCCAACUUUUAGAAGAGUCCUUAGCUCAAGACUGAGGAGGCUUGCAGCUCAGGGAAAACUUCCAAAGGUUAGCAACUCAAAACCUUUACUGAACUUCUACAAGCUACCAGAUGGAUCAGAAACAACAAAUAGAACAACACCUGCCCCAACCCCAAAACCAAAGGAGACAAACACAAAACCCCGGCAUUCAUACAUUAAUCAACCCCCUUUGGUUUCUCAAGAGAUGAUCGACGAAGCAGCAAUAACCGGUGCAUGUAAAGUUGUAGAGGCGGAGAAUAAAAUAAACAUUGCCAAAGCAGCAGUGGAAGAGUAGGAGAAAACGACUAAGCUUGCAGAUGAAACCGAACUUUUGGUUAUGCACUGGAACAUGUGGCCUUGGAAUAUUUAGUAGUUAUUGUAUUCAUAUGCUUCUUUAUGAAAUAGUUUUUUGGUGCGUAAUCUAAUAUAUUUUUAGGUUAUGAACAAAUCAUUUUGAUUAUCAGAGAUAUAAUAACGAGCAUCCAUUUACUUGAAAGUAGAACUAGAAUUUUUUGUUUUCAAGUACAGAAUAGCUGGGAAUUGCACAUAUGUGAGGGAUUUGGGUAAUUUAAAUUCAAAAGAAACCAUAAAAUGAUUUAUAAAGGUUUAUAAAUCAUUUCUCAGGAUUCAUAAAUCAAUUUGUAAGGGUUUAUAACUUUUUUUAUAAAGAUU